UAGGAAGUUGCUAAAGACAACCUUCACGUCUGACACGAGUGGCUCGGUUUGAAGUAACGUUUGCUGUUGAAUUCAUGGUGAAGGAUUGGAUUAUUUAAAAAUGCUCCCGAAUUUUAGAAAAGCGGUAGUGUCGGGAAUACAAAAACAUAAUUCUAGGCUUUUUUCUUCUUCACAAACGAGUGCCAGAAAAGGUUUGGUUCUUGGUGUGUACGAAAAAGAUAAAGAUGACAAGAGCAACAAGGUGCUUCUCACUGAGGCAGCUGCUGCAUUUGACAAAUCCGUAUCAGGAAAACUCAGUGAGAUCCUGACAGUAUCUGGACCUCCCUUAAAGAAGGGAAAGAGCCGGAUGUUCUAUGGAUUGCACCAGGAUUUCCCAAGUGUAGCAGUAGUGGGUCUUGGUCAGAAAGGUGCAGGAGUGUGCAGAAAGGAGCAGUGGGAUAACGGCAAGGAGAACAUCCGAGCAGCUGUAGCAGCGGGCUGCAGGCAGCUUCAGGACCUCGAGAUUCCCCAUGUGGAGGUGGACCCGUGUGGAGACGGUCAGUCGGCAGCAGAGGGCGCUGUGCUCGGUUUGUUCGAGUACGACGAGCUUAAAAGAAAGAAGACGACCCGGGUCACUCCACAGCUAUACGGCAGUGGAGAUGAUAAAGCCUGGGAGAAAGGCGUUCUCUAUGGAGAGGGGCAGAACCUGGCUAGGAGAUUGAUGGAGGCUCCAGCCAAUCACGUUACACCUACAGUUUUCGCCGACACCAUCGAGCAGAAGCUCUCUCCCUUUUCCGACAGAGUGACCGUCUAUAAAAGAGCCAAGCCUUGGAUUGAGAGCGAGCAGAUGGAUGCGUUUCUCAGUGUAGCCAAAGGCUCAGAGGAGCCUCCUGUCUUCCUGGAGGUCCAUUACACCGGAAGCCCGGAUUCCAAGCAGCCUCCUUUAGUGCUCGUGGGCAAAGGAGUCACGUUUGACAGUGGUGGAAUCUCCAUAAAACCCGCCUCUGGAAUGGACGCCAUGAGGGCGGAUAUGGGCGGAGCCGCCGCGGUGUGUUCAGCUAUCGUCACGGCGGCUGCUCUGAAACUGCCAAUCAACAUCGUAGGUUUGACGCCUCUCUGUGAGAACAUGCCUAGUGGAAAAGCUAACAAACCAGGAGAUGUAGUGAAGGCAAAGAACGGCAAAACCAUCCAGGUCGAUAACACUGAUGCUGAGGGUCGUCUGAUUUUGGCUGAUGCCCUGUGCUACGCUCACAACUUCAAUCCCAGGGCUAUAGUCAACGCUGCUACUCUUACCGGUGCCAUGGAUGUCGCCUUGGGUUCUGCUGCUACGGGAGUCUUCACUAACUCUGACUGGCUUUGGGAACAGCUGCAUAAAGCAAGCGUUGUCACGGGUGAUCGGGUGUGGAGGAUGCCACUGUUUCAGCACUACACCAGACAAGUCACUGAAAGUGCUCUGGCUGACGUGAAUAAUAUUGGGAAAUACAGCCGCUCGGGCGGAGCGUGUACAGCCGCGGCGUUCCUGCGGGAGUUCGUCACGGCCAGUCACUGGGCUCAUCUGGAUAUUGCUGGGGUAAUGUCCAAUAAGGAUGAAGUCCCCUACCUGAGGAAGGGGAUGUCGGGGAGACCCACGCGGACGCUUGUGGAGUUUGCAGCUGCCUUGGCUUCUGGGUCUUAAAGGGAGUGAACUUUGAUCUCUCGGACCACAGGAGUGAAUCCCGAAUUCCUGACAUUUUUUGUGGGGAAAAUGUUGCAGUUUAUCAGACCUUGGAUUCUAGCAUUUUGUUUUCCAAGUAUACAAAGUAAUCAAAGCUGUGGUUGAUGAUGAUGAUGAUGAUGACGAUGACGAUGAUGAUCCUCCCAAAAAUUGUUCACAGGCUUUUGAUAAAAAUUGCAUUUUGUAAUGUUUUCUUAUGUCCCCAAGUUGUUAUUUGUAGCACCUCCCUCACACACUCACUCACUCAGCAUCAUUACUCACCAAGCAGAAAACAACGAAUGUCUCCUUCAUCUCCGCCUCAUUUUAAACGGCUUCGGAUGAAGCUCUGAGUGAGGAUGAUUCAUAAACCUUUCAUAAAGAUGAAGUUGCAGGUAUUAUAACAGAAUUUCAUGCAAUCACCAAUCAGUCCCUCCUUUUUAUUUUCUUUUGUGAUCACAGAAAUGAAUCCAAAACCAAGCAAACUUGAGAUACGUCCUCUCACAGAAAGUAGCUCUCAUAGAAAGUUAUGAGUCUUCACCAGCAGGAGUUUAACGAAUUUCAUUAACAAAUUUAAUCAAUUUGAGUAGAUUUCCAUUUAAAAAAAAAAAAAAAAAACACACACAUAAAUGCUGCAAGUUGCAUCGCAAAUUUUUAAAUAAGCCGCAACGAAGCAAACGUUUUUGGCUGCAACUUUCCCAAAAGACUCCUGGAGGGACAGAACACCAUUUGUUCGUUUUAACCAACAGCUACAUCCAUCUGAAGGUUUUUCCCAGGCACCCUCAGGUUUCUCAGUGAAUACGUACUGUAUACUCUUCAUUCAUUUGCUUUAAUUUGUAUGAAGAUAUUCAUGCUGCUUCACUCACCUAUCCCUAUCUUCUGCAUCCUCAACACUUACACCCACUAGCUUCAUAUCCUCAUUUAUUACAUCCAUAUACCUCCUCUUUGGCCUUGCUCUUUGCCUCCUGCCUGGCAGCUCCAUGUCCAACAUUCUCCUACCAAUAUACUCACUCUCCCUCAUCCAAACCAUCUUAAUCUGUCCUCCCUAACUCUGUCCCCCAAAUGUCCAACAUGAGCCGUCCCCCUGAUGUACUCGUUCCUAAUCCUGUCCAACCGUGUCACUCCCAAACAUCUUCAGCUCUGCUGCCUCCAGCUCUGACUCCUGUCUCUUUCUCAGUGACACUGCCUCUAAACCAUACAGCAUGGCUGGUCUCACCACCAUCUUGUACUCUCACUCAAUUGUUUACCAUACUGUUAAUGUAAAGAGUGACACUGCAGUCUUACAUUCACACAGAAAACUACCUAAAAAAAAAAAUUUUUAAAUCAGGUUUACGGUAAUUUACCUUUUGUAACUAAUUCAUCGUGCUCGUUAAAUGUCAAAAAUAAAUGCCUUCAGUUAUUACCA